AUGGCCACAUCGAAUGUGACGGCUGUAAAUUCGCUGUGCAAGAAAUGUAAAACUGUGCCAAAUUCUGAAGUUACUGACGAAUUUUUAAUUAUGUAUUGUGACAAAAAUGAAAAUAAAACCGGUGAUAGUGUGGACACUGCUUUCUUUGACGCUGUUGAAUCUAUCACAGCCGAUGAAAAUAAAAAUGUAUUUUUUAAUUAUAUUAUAAGGCAAAAAGACACUCUUAUAAGUGAAUUAAAAGAUAAAAUCCAAGUUUUAAAUCAACACACAAUCCUAUUAAAUAAAUUUAAUUUCUCAAAUCAGGCAACCUUACAAGAUGAAGUUGAUAAAUCAAACGAUCUUAACAAAAAAUGUCUUAACGCUGUUAUCAAGAAAAAGUAG